AUUGGUACACCGUGUUGUUGGAAUGUGAAUGCCCUGUUUCUAUUUACUUUCUCACACGUCCAAAAUAUAGACACGGGAAUAUUGAAGGAAUUCCAGUCAGGUUGUAAUUAAACGUAGUGGUAACCUGAUGGCACCUACUAGCAUAGAAGAGCUUCCCGAGGAGCUUUUGCUGGAGGUGUUCACUUACUUACCAUUUUCUGACAUCGUCACUUGCUCCCGAGUGAGUAGGCGGUGGCAGAGCGUGACGCACAGUAGCCGCCUGUGGAGGAACUUACGGUACCGGGGCAAAGGCGAGAACAGGCUGAAGGAGGCGUUCGAGAUCACGAAGCUGGCGCACGGCUUCCACAGCCUGUCGCUGGAGCUGUGCCACGGCACGGGCGUGACAAUGUCGCGGGGCGAGAUCCUCGUGUCGCUCUCCCCACUGGCGUGGGUGGCGUUCCGGCCGACACUGGCGGAGGUGGUGGAGCGGCUGUCGCCGGACCUCACGGAGCUGACAGUGGCGGGUCCCGGCCACCUGGAGCACCACCUGCGCCUGGUGCACCGGCUGCUGCUCGUCGCGCCCUUCCGCCACCUCACGUCGUUCCGCGCCCUCUCGCAGUGCGGUACUGUGGUGGACGACGCGACUCUGGGGGUGCUCUGCGAUCACUGCCCUCUGCUCGAAACUCUCGUCCUCGAAGGCUGCCCCGCGGAUCGGCUGACGGCCACGGGCGGUAGGUAA